UGAGAAGAAGCUGCAGGACACACAUGGUUUGUUGCUCUCCGCGUGUGACUGGCACAGAGACCCUGACGGGUUAAAGAUAAACAUGGCGACGGCCGGUGUGCAGUUUAAAACCAAGUAAGAAAAUUAACUUUCUGGGUUUCCUGGGCUUUCCCCAUACAAUUAAAACCUUAACUUUCUCAAUGUACUCCUGUUCACUCAGUGCUCUGAAUGCCAUGUUACUGGGGGAGGCAUGUACUAUAAAUGACAUUACCCUACCUGUGGCUCUCAAAGACACACAUCCAUUGGUCAUUUGUUUAUGCUGAUGGGCAGUACAUGAAAAGUGCUACCUGAAUGGGUUAUUCACUAAAUUGUGAAUUACAUAGAAUUAAAGGAUCACUCCAAGUACUAUAACUACUACAGUUUGCCUUUGCACUGUACCCCCCUUCCUUCUCCCCCCCAACAAUUUUGAACUGUUUGACAUAUUACCUGCCCAGCACCAGCUUGUGAUCAAAUGUAGCAAUUUAAGAAAGAAUUGGGACCGUGCUAGUGUUAUACAAUGUCUACAUAUUUAAAUGUAAUUGGCAACGUUUGCCAGCUAAGCACUCAAUCUGUCAGCUGUCAUGCCCUCCUCAUAGCUGUGCCAUUCAGUGAUUGCUAGACCCAAAUAUUAGGUGGCAUGAUGAAUUCACUCACUGUCAGAUCCAAUUUCUCAUAUAAAGGGUUUUCAGCUAGCAACGUGAAUGCUGACCAAUAGCAUUCGUCUUUCCCCUUUUUGGUGUGGAAUUUCUAGUUGAGUAAUAUUGGUCUUGAUUUAAUAUUUUUAAAUAAACUUUUUAAAAGAUUUAAUAUUUUAAAAAGUGUUUUAAAAAAAAAUAAAUUCAUGAAGAUAAAAUGCUCGUACAGUCUGUUGGAAAAUCACUGAAAUUCCAAUGUAGUCAAAAAAAUCAUAAGACAAAGAAAAGACUUGUUUUGUGUUAUGUAUUUCUCCUACACAUGACAAAAAGGAAGGGCCACCACUGUCAAACCAUCAGCCAUAAAAGGCUGACCAUCGAGGGUCUUUGCAAAAUAUAAAAAGGCCCCAGAAAGUUCCUGACACUAGAGUUUUAAAAUUGAUAUUUAAGUGGCUGGCUCCCCUCUCCUGCCUUUAAAAUGCGUAAAACUCACUUUUAUUCCAGCACCGCACCGGACUCGUAGUGGCUGACUUCUCCCUGCUCCGCUUCCUGGGAGAGAUAAUCAUAUUUGUCAAUUUAAUGCUUUCCCUUAGGAAAGCAUUGUGAAGUUAUUGACCAUGUUUGGGAAAUGUCACACUGCACCAGUCAGCAUCUCCUCAUAGAGAUGCAUUGAUUUAACGCAUCUCUGUGAGGAAUGUUCACCACCUCCAUGCAGAGCGUGGAAACGUUAAACAGCAGUGCUGCAACCCAGGAAGCACCGCUUGUGGCUAUCUGAGUGACUGCCUUCCUUUUCCCUGUAAGGACAGUGUAUACAUUAAAAAAGCUUGCAAGAUCAUGCUAUACACACCAGAACAACUACAAUACGCUAUAGUCCCCAAAACAACUUUAGCUUAACCCCUUAAGGACCAAGCUUCUGGAAUAAAAGGGAAUCAUGACAUGUCACACGUCAUGUGUCCUUAAGGGGUUAAUGAAGCAGUUUUGCUGUAUAGAUUAUGCCCCUGCAGUCUCACUGCUCAAUUCUAGGCCAUUUAGGAGUUAAAUCACUUUGUUUAUAAACCCUAGUCACACCUCUCUGCAUGUGACUUGCACAGCCUUCCUAAACACUUCCUGUAAAGUCAUCUAAUGUUUAUCUUUCCUUUAUUGCAAGUUUAAUUUAGAUUUUCUACUCCCUGCUAUGUUAAUAGCUUGCUAGACCCUGCAAGAGCCACCUGUAUGUGAUUAAAGUUAAAUUUUCAGAGAAAAUGUGUCGCUUAGAAUUUCCAACAAUUCACAUUUUAGUGUAUACUCCUGUAAUUCACAUUCUAAUGUAAUGUGUUAUAUUACAGUGCUUUAUUGGUCUCUUAUCACUUCUGUUAUCCAUUUUUUAUUUAUUUCUUUUUAGCUAUGCUGUAACCCGAAAAAUUGAUGCUUUUUACAAAGGAGGAAAAAUCCAGGUAAGUUUGUACCAAUAUUUAAGCAGUUAACAAAUAUAUCAAAGAAAAAAAAGUUUAUUUUUUUUUCUGGCUUUUAUUUGCACGUACUGGGGCUGAUGUGUACUAUAGUCAUUGUUGCUGUCCAGGAGUAGUGGGAGUUUGAGCACAGGGCUUAAAUUUGUAUAUUUUGUUUUUGUGUUCCAUAGCCAUGUGUUCCCUAUUAAGGGUAAAUAGGUGUGUAGAGGUUUAGAAAAUCCCUCUGCUCCUCUUUCCCUCCCCUUGACGUUGCAGGUGGGCUUAUACUUGAAUGGCCAGUGGAGUGAUACUAAAAAUACUCCAAUUAUUUAAAUGUGCCCAUGGAUUUGGGAUAGUGCACAGAUACCUUUUUUCCUUUGGUUUUUUUAUUGUAUGUAUCGGAGCUGAUGUAUACUAUAGUAAUUGCUGCUGCCCAGAUGUAGUAAGAGCUUGAGCACAGGGUUUAAAUUUGUAUGAAUAUAUCCAAAUGAUUUGUGGUACAGUUUAGAGAUGGACAAAAGAACUACGAGUUUCUAAAACAUGUGCAAUUUUCCAUGUAAAUAUUGAUAACGCACUCAAAGAAUUUUGGAAAUCAGUGAUACAUUUUUUCAAUGAACAAAUGCUUAUAUUUUUUAUGUAUUUUGAAUUUAUUAAACACAAUUCUUUUAUAAUGGAAUAUUUUUUUUUUUUUAUCAGGUCAAUAAAGAUGGAACCUAUUUGUUUUGCAUCUGUGGAAAUAAACUCAACAUCCUGGACAUUGCGACUGGAGCUGUUAGUUACACGAUCGAACAGGUACAACGCUUGUGAGGAAGGAAUGUUCCGCAAUAAAGUUAUGAAACUCGAGAUCAGCUUAAUGAAUUGCUAAUAUCAUACUUAUGUUUCCUAUUUGUAGGACGACCAAGAAGACAUUACAUCAUUUGCACUAAGUCCAGAUGAUGAGGUACAUUUAUUAUUAUAAAAAAAUGCAUGCAUUAUAUUUUGUUAAUUUGUGUACCACCUAGAAAUACAAUUAAUUGUAAAUAAAAAUGUUAAUAUUACAUAAAUUUAAAAUUACACAAAAUUAUGAUUUCAUGGGUAGGUGAGAACAUUUGUUAGAUUAAAAUAUUCAUGGUCCAACCCCUGUACAAACUACCUUACAAUAGUAAAAUAAUAAUUUUUUUAAAAGAAUGAAACGAAUAAAAAAACCUCAUAAAAUAAUUUCUCAGACAAAUCCUCCUAUACAGACACAAGAUCGCUUAUUUGAAAGACUAGUAAUACUGCUUUCUUUACAAAAGAGGAGCCACGUACUCUAUUCUUAGUGCCUAUUAGGGGGCUCUAAGGUCACUUUUAGGGUGCAGAGCACCAUAUAUGUCGCCUAGUAGACAUGUGAUUGCUUUUCCUAUGGGGGUGUAGGACCCCUCGUUUAGAAGAAAAUAGCCCUCCUCUUUCAUAUGGAGUGUGGUGUUUGUGUGAUUAGGGGUUUCUUUGGACAACACAGAUUAAUUGUCUGCAGUUUAUGGGAUAACAAUUUAGCCCAUAUUUUUUACUGUAUUCACAAAUAAUGUAAAAAGAAAAAAGUUCCGAACUUAUAAUUUUUUUUUUUUAUGAUUCUUUAUUUUUGCAAUGACAAAAGGGUAUGCAUUUUAUACAGUGUGGCUUGUGCAAAAGCCCAUAUGUGGUGCAGAGCAAUUGAUUGGCUUCAUAAUCAGAAAAAAACAUAGUUUUGCAGUUGUUCGUUGUCAUUGGUUUUAUCUAGGAGAAAUAAACACUAUGAAACACGUUUAACGUUGGUAACGUAACAUGGGGCCGGGGAACCGGUGAGUCUGGCCUCCUAGUGAAAAGGUGGGGGUGUCUUGGUCUUUUGUUUGGGUAGUGUGUUCCUUGUCAAUCUCUAUAUCAGGGUUGGUCGAUGUAGUUUUCCCAGGGUUUCCAUGUCUUAGUAAAUGUUUUGGUGGAGCCCCGUAUUUGGGCUGUGAGUUUAUCCAUAAGGUGGCAUUCUUUAAUUUUAUUAAGUACUGCAGGCAUUGGAGGAGUGUUAGGCUGUAGCCAGGUCUGGGCCAGAGCCUUUCUGGCUGCUAGGGUUAUUUUAUUCAGUAGAUGUUGGAAAAGUUGCGAACUUUAAGUGUCCUUCGGGGCUCUGCUUAGUGGCAGCAGUUACAGUCAGACUGUUCCCAUACCAUGAUGAGAUUCUCCAAUUUGGAGCCUCUCACCCUGGUUUUCAGUGACUAAUCUUAUCCUCUUUCCAGCAAUGGUUUAUGAGAAAAGUAACUUAUCCUGUACCACCGCUCCAAUCGUCACAUGAGCUGAUUGGAACUGCAUUAUAAACUGACAGCUGCCACACUAAUGCUAUCAUUAAACCAGGCUGUGUUUUUCUAUUGACCGAGCUGGAAACUGUGCGUGCACAUUCUGCCGCUCGACUUCUGGGAGAAGAAUCCCUGUUUUGCAUGUGACUGCUGCAUGCACUAUAUGGGCAUAACUCUAUAAAGCAACCUUUAGCAAUUGACACUUAAACCUAUAUAAACAGUAUUAUUUUCAGAAUGUGAGGGGCAGCAUUCUGGUUAUGUGUAUUAAAACACUAGCUUUGUGCUUAACUUUUUAAAAUGUUGUUUUAUUUCUUUCUUUUUUUUCUUGUGCCAAUAAUGGGUUUCUUUUAAAGCCUUCUGGAGCACUUUCAUUCUUUGUCUCUACCAGAAAGCUUCACAUCUGGAAAUCUUUGUGUAAACUCGAGUUUCCUUAUGGUAAUUCAAUAUUUCCCUGCGGUCUUUGCUUUUAACUUCCUUGUAUCCUCUGCAUUGCCUUACACUAGCCUGGUUGAGCUUAGUGUAAUUAAAUCUGAGAGGUUAUUUUGUACAUCACAUGGCCCAGUAAUUUCCGUAAACAUAUUUGAUGCUUUCUUUAGAGCAGUGAUUCCCAACCUCUAGUAUAACUGUGGUUCAGGAUUUUGGCAUUUCCUAGUUUCAGACCGUUGGUUUGUCUUGAUGACUGGGUCAGGAACCACCAUUCUCAAGGUACCAGCUGAUAUUUCUUAAUCUGGUUAUACUGUAGCCAACAAGAUGUUAAUGCAACCAAUGUAGCAGGUAAGAUGCUCUCUCCUUCCUAAAAAGCCCUGCAGUGACAUAUUUCCUUUCAAUGUAGAUUCUGGUAACCGGCAGCCGUGCCCUUUUACUAAAGCAGUGGGAAUGGAAAGACGGCAAGUGUUCUCGUACGUGGAAAGCCAUCCACACAGCCCCAGUAGCCAGCAUGACCUUUGAUUCGACAUCCACACUACUUGCCACAGGUGAGUGAAUAUAGCUUGGUUUUAUACUACCAGAUUAGAGGUUUAUUCCAAUGAUAAAACAAUGUUAAUAAAACACUGUUUUUGGUUAGAGUUACAAUUGCUGGAAUGUCCCCAUCUUUCUCCGGUUACAUCACUCACCCUCACUGCAUGGAUAGGUGAUGAUUUAGGAACCACGGGGAAGGAGGGAGGAGGGGGAUAGAGUUUGGGGCUAUCUGUCAUAAGUUGCCUGCAUGCUAUGCCUGCUGACAACAAAUGCCAAAUAUGGAUCGAUUUAGCAUUAGCCCUGAAACACUCAAACAUUUGACUCAUGGCCAGUCUGAUGGUUGUGGUACAAAUAUCUCCAUUCCAUCAGGCCUGGUAAACUGUCCCUCUGUAUUAAAAAGCAGUCUGCAAGGCGUCUUGGAUCAGACUUGUGUGACCAAAACCAAAUCACAAAUGGUUUUAAAGUGUAAUAACCUUCAAUCUAUAAAUCAAGUCUUAUAUGUAGCAACAGUUUUUAUGGAAAAACAAAUACCUACAUCAAACUAAAAACUAACUUUUCUUGAUACACAUUUUAUUUUUUAUUUUAUUUCACAGCUUCUACUUUAAUUUUGCCAUACAUUGAUAUAUUCACUAAAUAUUGACUUGUAGUAAUUUAAAAUUGGAAUUGCUAAAACUAGCUGAUCUGGGACUAUAGCCAUGUUAGAAACUUUUUACAAAUUGGCUAUUAAAGAUCAAAUGGCCAAACCAGAAAAAUUCUCAGUCGGCAAUGCUUUCCAUUCAGCUACUCUGGCCUUAAAUUUGAAAUUCAUUUUUAAUUCAUCUUUAAUUCUCACAUUAGUAAAUAACUCUCAAAAUUUUAAAUUCGAUUUUACAUUCAACAACUCAUUGUUCAGUGAGUAGACUUGACAGUUUGUUUUUUGUUCUUGAUUUUUGCCUCCGGGUUGAGUGAGGCCAACUUCUGUCUGUGGCGACAAGCUCUCUCUCGCAUUCUAAUGUUCUGGAUUCUGACCUGUAACUCUAUAAAUUGCCUCUCUCAAUUUUGCAGGAGGCUGCGACAGCACAAUUAAGAUCUGGGACGUCAUCAAGCAGUACUGUACGCACAACUUGAAAGGAUCCUCGGGGGUAGUGCAGUAAGAGACUUCAGAUUUUCACUUUAUUAUCUUUUUAAAUGAAUGUACAUAAGGCAGUGUUUCCAAAACCGUUUCUCAAGACUCACCAACAGUCCAGAUUUUGUCAAUAUCCCCACUGGAAUAAAACAGGGAAAUACAUGAAUCCUGGACUGUUGGUGGGCCACGAGGACCAUUGGUGCCCAUAAUUUCUCCUCAUCCCUCUGCUGUUUAGAACUACAAACUCCAAUAAUGCUUUGCCUGUUCUAGAGCAGUGUAGGAGCUUGGGAGCUUGUUCUUAUACAACAGCUGAGGGGCUAUAAUUUUAUUUACUAACCAGUCAGCUACUGAAUUUCUAAACAAACUGUAAAUCAUAGGGUGAAAAUUUUGUUUUCUAUAUUUUUUUGAUAUUUUGGCUUCAAAUUUGAAGUUCUGUUUCGCGUCUAUAACAAUUCACCAUUUAGUAAAUAAGCAUGUGUGCACGUUGGUGUAAGUGUGCACGUAUGUGGUUCAAAACAUUCUUGUUUCUGCCUUUUUUUGUGUGUAAAUGUUUUCAAAUUCUUCUCUAACAACUGUCCCCUAUUUGCCAUCUCCGCAGUCUGGUCCAGUUUCACCCGGACAUGUCUCGACUUCAGCUCUUCUCGUCCUCCAUGGAUUAUAAGAUACGGAUUUGGGACCUAAAAUCCAGCAAGUGCUUGAGCAUUCUGGAAACACAUUUCAGUGCUGUGACCUCCCUCUGCUUUUCACCCGAUGGAGACACUAUGAUCAGGUGAAACAUGCUCUUGGCUUUAACUAGGCUCUGUAUAGACCUAUUUGUUGAUCGACUUAACGAAGGAGUAUUUUUAUAAGCAGCUAUACUGGUUAUUUAAUUACAUGUAGACAGAAUAGCCCACCCUCCAUCCUCAGCUAACAAAAACGUGUUUGUAGGGUGGAAUCCAGGAUGUAGAAAUCCCAUCAGAAAUGCCACAGCUACUUUGUUUUAAUGCUCACAUUCGCAUAGUAUUGGCACACAACCCUUUAAUAUCUCUAAAGGGGAACUAUGGAGUUUAAAUGUCCUAUUUUUACAUUAUAAAGAUUAUACAUUAGAAAAGCAGAAUAUAAUAAUAAUAAUAAGUAAAAAAAAUCAGAACCGGAGUUCUGCAGCUGAUAAAAGAAAGGCAAAAAUUCCAGUUUGAAGCCCUUUUCAAUUAGGAAAUAUAGUUAAUAAUUCCAAACUGACAAUUCGAUAUCUCCUUAAAUCAACAAGCUGCUCCCACAUAUUAAACGACUCCAAACACCUUAUCUGGUUUGUAGUGGUUAUAGUAAUUGGAGUGCUCCUUUAACGCUUAUAUUGUUGAAUAUUCUGUAAUUUGUUGUUCCCCCAUACUCCUCCCCGGCCCUUAAAAACAAAAAUCAUUCAGACCAUUUUUAAAAAUAUCUACCCAAUCUGAUAAGAUUAGUUCUUUUCUUACUGUACAGUUAGUACCUGCCAGCUUAUAGUGUUCCACAUCCCAGUGUAGAACGUUGCUGUAAUCACUGCAGAAUGUAUUGCUGUUAUAUAAGUAAUGACUAUAAUUAGCAAUAGAAACUAAGUAAUCCCAUCGCCCAAGGCUUGGCAACAUUUUUUGCCUUUUAUCGAGGUUUUCGGAAUCCUUAUUAUAUUUUUAUUUCUCUUACAUUCUUUAGAUAGCAGGUCAUACUCUUGUUGUGAGUGUGUGGGGUUUUUAGUCCAAAUUGCAAAAUGUUGAGAAUAAGGAUAAAAAUUACACCCACAUUUGCUAUUCUUCUAGCUUUUAUAAAAUAGGAGUGCUAUUAGCUGUUUUAAGGUAAUGAAUGAGUUGGAGCAAAAAUUGUAAAAGACCAAGACAUGUAAUGGUGUAGAAUGGUUAUUUAUACAUGGAGAGAAAACUCUAAACUAAGUCAGACCAACUAGCAUGUUUGAGUCAUCUGCGGGCUUAGUUAAACUCAGCCAAAUAUUAACACAGACGAUAGUACAGAUCCAUAUGAUGCAUUCACACAUGGGAUCCAGAUGGAAUGUGAAUGUGUUUGCUAAUGGACUAAGAUUGAUGGAGCCUGUACGUGUCUGUUAAGCAUAUGCGUUGGCCAAACACAAAAGCAUUUUCUCUCCAUGUAUGGAGAGAGAAAUUGUAAAUUAGUCAGUGAAAUUACAGCAUUUGGUAAACAGGGAUUUCUACGUCACGGUGUACUCUUUCAUGACCAGAUUUUUUUUUUACAUGACUUACAGCUCAGGUCGUGAUAAAAUUUGUGCUGUAUGGGAUCUGAAUACCAAAAGCACGAAGAGGACCGUGCCAGUAUACGAGGUGAGGCCACUGACAUGUGCAACUACGGAUGAACCAACGUGUUGUGGAGGAAGUACUCACAUCAUAUUUAUACUGUUUCCUUUUUUCUUGCAUAGAGCGUUGAAGCUGUUGUCCUUCUCCCUAACACUCCUGGCAUAAUAGGACGAGAAACGAACACAGAGUCGGUCCUUUUCCUUACGGCUGGCAGUAAAGGUUAGUGUACACCGUUAAGCUCUAAACAAAGUAUAUGGACAGUUUUGCUACUAGACAUGAUUGAUGUAUAAAAGUAGGAUGUAACUGGGGUAAUUAUUGUGAUCGUUAGUCUGUUUGAAGCAAGGUGUGUGUUUGUUUUUUCUUGUUAUGGCUAAUGUCUUAUUAAAGCAGCACUAUCACCGUCGGGGGCAUGAUUCGUAAAGAUCUCCAACAGUGACAUCACAGCUGGGCAUCUGUUGGCCAGGUGGGGCAGGCAAAGGUGACUUUAAUUCACCUGAAUCUGUCCCUCGCGGGCACUGCCAUUCUCUUCCAGCAGAUCCUCUACUGCUCCUGGCGCUUCAGCUGCCAUUAGAGGACGUCACAGCUGUACUCUCGUGCAUGCGCGAGAGUACAGCAUUGAGGUCUUAUGAAGGGCUCUACAAAACCACAGGAUCCUCCACAGACAGAGCUGAAUCCCUGCAGCCAUCACUUGUGACAUUUCUUAAUGCUAGUAGCUCCACCCAGUAUCUAGAAGGGUCAAGUGGAGGAAAUGUACUGAGACAAAGUAGUAAAAAAUUUCAGUGAAAUUCCAACACAGUCAAUGUAUGUAUUUUAUAUAGAUUCUAUAUUUAUGAAAUGCAAAUUUUUCAGGGGGGGGUGACAGUGUCGCUUUAAAGGAACACUCCAAGCACCUCCUGUGAAAAUAGGUAGAUGUCACCCAGAGACUCUUUCCACCUUAACUCCUACAAUAAACUGUAGAGUGUCUCUUUAAUUUCCAACUUUAUUUGUAGAGUUGGGUAGUUUGCUAACUUGCUGAGUUUCUCUUCACAGGUAUACUGAGGGUGUGGAAUGCCUCCUCUGGGAAGUGUGUGCACAGCCAGACGUUGCCUCAUUCCACAACCAAAGUCUCAGACGAAGAGGCCAAUGAACACAGCCUGACGCACUGCCUUCUCCUCCCUGAUCAGUGGCAAGUCAUCACAGUUACCGUUGAACACAACAUCCAGAUGUAUGAUCUCCAGAAUUUAGAGCUGAAAAAGCAGGUCAGGCUCCAGAUUCAUAGGAACCCCAAUGUAUCCCAAACCCCUCCCACCAUACUUGCAAUUUACGUACUCUCUGUGUCCAGUUUGUAGGCUACAACGACGAGGUCCUGGACGUGAAAUUCUUGGGUCCUUCUGAUUCUCACAUAGUGCUGGCUACCAACAGCCCCCAAAUAAAAGUGUUUGAGCUGGCAACAUCUAACUGCCAGAUACUGCAUGGGCACACAGGUAAGCUUUGCUACUUUCCCUUUGGUUUACUCUCACCAAGUGCCACCAGGUUUUGCUGGUUAAUAACACAGCUGCAAACAAAGUGUUCCCUUUCAGCACUUUUCAUGAGCAGUUCGUAUACCAAUCCCAUCACUGAAAUAAAAUCUCAACAGGCUCUUUUAGUGAGUAACUACAAACUGUAGUGUGUGGUUCUUAACUGGUUGUUAUAAGCAAAUGAAUUAAUGAAUGAGUUAAAGCAAAAAUUGUAAAAAUGCAAAACAUGUGGGGGUGCAGCUUGACAACCAUCCUGAGCGGAGGCCAUCUCUGCUAGCUCCCUCACAGGUUGUACAAUGCAGCAUAAUAUCUCUCUAACCCGCAUCCAUCAAGCUACACGACCGGCUCCAACUUCACCCUGAGUGCUAGAGGAACAGAUUGAUGCCUUUCUUUCAGGUGCCGAAGCAGCCUGGAUGGAGGCGCAAUACAGUGACCUACCAGGCAUCACCACUACUAGGCCUCAAGGCCCAACUCUGCGUACCGGGAGAGGCGCGAACCGCUGCGUAGUUACAUCUGCCUGGCACCCUGGCUGACAUGCCGAACAUGAGACGCUGCACGCAUAAAGCCACAGCCAUCACACCUGGUAGGGAUAUCGUCACAAAGGGCGCUUGCGGAGACGGGACGCCUACCAGACGCCAUUACAGCCCCAGGCCUGGAGAGCUGGGAGCCUGGCGCCCCUGAGACCCCUCAGCCUUACCUGAAAGGUCUCCAGAUCACACAGCCCCAACAACCAAACGCAACCUAAAAAUCUUACUUGCUGACAUACAAAAGCUGAUGGCAGCAGUCGUCGCCCUGGUUAAAGUGGACAUACAACAAGUCACUGACAGUGUUAAAAAGAAAGAGGACACUGUGACAAGCGUACAAAACACAUUGACCAACCUUAGGGACUCUGUGAUGCACCUCCAAGCUGAACAAUACGUGCUGGCUGCUCAAAUACUGUUAAUGGAGGACAGACCACGCAGAACACACAUCAAAAUACGGGGGAUACCCACCACGGUCUCGACCGAAGAGCUGCCACACUAUAUCAGGCGCCUGCUCUCUACACUUCUGCCACAGCCAAGAAAAUUGUCCUAGACGGAAUAUACCACGUAACUGGCACUGCACGGACUCGGGCCGCAAUGACGAGAGAUGUCAUACUGCGCUGUGUCAAUGUGCACGAUAAGAUCCAAAUCAUGGCCCUGAAAGGCAAGACACCUUUGACCUUUGAGAUCUCUCAAUUGCUAUUCUUCAAAGAUCUCACCAGAGCCACUCUACUACGGCGCAAGACCUUCGGACUGGUGACAAUCGCAUUGAGACAAGCAGGAAUAACCUACAGAUGGGGGGCACACUGGCUCUCUUACUGCACCGUGAAGGGACUGCCCACUCUUACAGCCAUAUCAGAGGCUUCUGCUUUUUUCGAGGCACUGUGACCGCCUUUACCACAGCCACCGUCACAAGCGGACAAUGAAGAGACAAGAGAAUCAGACGGCGCCACCCCUGUGGACUGGUGGAGAUGCCAAAGAUCCAACCCGUCUGAAUAACCUGGGGACUGCACUGCCCACACAAUACCGCUCUAGAUGACCUGAUUGCAAAAACAUGUUAUGAUUGGAAUUUAUUUCCUCUUUUCUUUGUUUGGUGUUUAUUGCUGUUGAAAACCACUCCUUAUGCUUUACAACCUUCUUACCAAGUUCACAUUCACUGUAAUGACCUAUGACCUAGAGCAAUAAGCGGGAAACACUGCAACAUGAAGCUGCGGCAAUCUAAACCACCAUCACCACAAAUCACAAGCUUCAUUGGGUGAGAUGGCUCUUGCCUAUUCUCUAAUUCUUGAUGUGGGGCUUACAGCUCUCCACCCUCCAUAUUGACACAUGAUUAGAAGACUCCAUAGCCAUAAGGCAAAAACAGUGUUGGCAUCCUGAACUCCCACAUGUUUCAGUAAGCCACAUAACUCACACUAUGCAUUCGAACUCGCCCUCACUGGAACACCCACGAAUCCUGUCAAACUCCAGCAGGGAGUAUCCCGGGCACACGGUUAAACCCCUCUCACACAACCCACGUAGAGCUAAUUCUGGGUUUUCAACCUCACCUGUCCUUAGUUACCAGAAAAAAGUGUUUCAACUGUCUAUAGUUGUCAUACAUGCCUGUCAAGUUUGUUUUCUGUGUACAAACCACCUGAAUGUAUUCUCUUGAUAUCGUGUAUGCUUGCUUUGUGUAUUGACUGUAACUAUGCACGAAAAGUUACGAAUUUAAAAACAAAAACAAAUCCCAAAUACUCCCUAGUAUUUUUACCACUUAUUACAUUGUCUUGAUUUCAUUACUGCCUUCCCCCAUGAGGUGUCACUGUUUCUACUUUUAUUCCACAUUUGUGCAAUGUAUGUCAAAGAAAUCUGCCCAAUAAGAUCAUAAAUCACUUACUUAAAAACUGAAUGUUUUACUGUUCCUGCACUUAAACCUAGUAUCAAGUAAUUUUUUAUUUAAGUGGAUAAGCAGCGACUUAUUUUAAACCAACUUUAUUGAAUUUUAAGAAAAACCGUACUAAGGCCAAAAGUAAUAAUAAAUAAUAUAAAAGGAGUGUCAAAAUAAAAACUGAAACGUAAAAGCCAAUGCAGGAGAACAGUAAAUGACAGAUCAUGGUAUGGUAUACUAAGUCUAGAGACAACAAAAGUGGUUAUGGCAUUCAGUAGGGAUACAAACACAAAAAUAGACCAAAAAUGGGCUGUAUAUACUUGGAAUUAAUGGGAUUGGAUAUGAGAGGCAGGGGAAAUUCAUGGGAGUUUAAGGGGGACUGUGUUAUUAGAGGUAAUAGGGGUGACAGAGCAGGAGAAAUCAUUUUAAAAUAGAGUACCCAGAACGCUGCUUCUCUCUGUUUCGAAAAGUUGCUUUUAAAAUAGAGCUUUGUGAAGGAGACUCGCAUACCUGUGCCAGUAUUUGAAGUCCAAAGAGACAGUACACUAAAACCUUGAUGAUUUCUGUGUUUCAGAGACGGUUCUCGCCCUGGACAUUUUUAAGAAAGCCCUCAUGUUUGCUAGCUGCGCCAAGGUACGUGUCAUUUUUAUACGGUCAACAUCCAUUUGGCGGCUUUUAAAUUAUUUAAUGCAACCUUUUAUUUUUCUUUCCUUUCACGUACAUGAGUACAUGUGUCUAUAGUUUAUGUAUGGAGCGAGUUACUCACCUCUGAGACUUUACAUUGCUGAUGGUCGAACUGAAGGGGCUAAAUUAUUUUCUUUAACUAUGUUACAGGACAGGACCGUUAGAAUUUGGCAAAUGGAUAAGGUGACCGGAACGGUGUCGUGUGUGGCACAGGGCAGUGGUCACACAAACGGAGUGGGUGCAAUCUCAUGUUCCAGGUAAAAAGUCCACACCUUGAUAGCUCUGUAGAAUCAGAACUAACAGCUGUGGUCCUCUAUACAUACUAAGCUCAGUAUUUUCCCUCUGCAGGUUGAAGCAGUCCUUCAUAGUAAGUGGCAGUCAAGAUUUCACUAUGAAGCUGUGGAAACUCCCAGAAUCCAUUUUGUCUAAGAAAAUGGAUGCCGAUCUCUCUGGGCCUGAAGUGUUGCUUGCCAGUUUUACCGAGAAAGCUCACGACAAGGUGAGAAUCUAAAGAUACCCAGACUGAAACACAUGGUGUCCAUAAAGGGCAAUAUUCACUUUUCUGGGUAUUACAUAAUUGAAUAAAACUUUGAUAAUUAAUGUGUUAAUUUAACUAAGGCCGUUUUAAAGGGAUUCUAUAGUGUAAGGAAUACAAAGUUGGAUUCCUUACACUAUAGUUCCCUCUGCCCCCCCACACCCUUCUCCCCGGCACAGAAAGGAUUAAAAAACUCUGUUUACUCACCUGCUUCCAGCGCCGUUGGCCCUCUGCGCUGGGUUGGCACUCGCCACCUCAAGACGUUAUCCGGCGGAGGAGCAUAAUGCGCAUGCAGAGCGUGAGGACGUCAGGUGACUAAAAGUCUGUUAGGAUUCAGGAGGCAGUCUUAGUCUUGCAAUGUAAUCCUUGCAGUUUCUCUAAAACAGGGACACUGCAUCCAGACCACUUCAAUGACAUGAAGUGGUCUGGGUGCUUAAAGUGUCCCUUUAAAGAUUUAGCAAAUAUCAUCACAAUCCAGCUCAGUGAGGGCAUACAUUGUUUAAUUUCUCCUUUUCUCUGUAAGCUUUCUCUAUGCUGACUAAGUGCAGAGGACGCAGCUUCUAACAAUGAUGGCAGUGAAAAGUUGCAGGUUAAAGAGCGGUGGCUUUCUACAUAUAAUGUUAUGUUUUAUUCCUAUGUUUAUUAAGUAUACGGAUAAGUAAACAUAGUAUUAAAAGUUCUGGAAAGUGACAAUUGCCUUUUAAGCCAGUGGUUUCUUUCCAUGUGGGUCUCGCAACCUGCUUAGUAUAAAUCUGCUCUUUGGAAUCUGUCUAAGGUGGGUUUGUGCUUAAACAUGUUGUUUAUUGUGUAAUAUGCUACAGUGAGGGCGGCAGACAUUUUUGUCUUUUGUAGAUAACCUGUUUUUUGCAGAAAGCUGUAACUGAAGUCUGUCUUGAUAUCCAUGUAGAAUUCCACAGAGAGUCGGUAGAAUUCAGGUUUUAUUGCAGUAUGUGAGGUCUGAUUACACCUCUCCUCUGCUUUCUUUAUCAGGACAUUAACAGCAUUGCGAUAUCACCAAAUGACAAGCUGGUAGCUUCAGGAUCUCAGGACCGGACCGCCAAGCUGUGGUCAGCCACUGACUUCUCCCUCCUGGGUGUCUUCAAAGGACACAAGAGAGGUAUCUGGUGUGUGCAGUUUUCACCUGCUGACCAAGUUCUGGCCACAUCCUCAGCAGACGGAUCCCUUAAACUGUGGGGCCUCCAGGAUUUUAGCUGUUUGAAGGUAAGUUCACAUUUUAUCGCGUUCAGUAUAGAGUCAGAAUAAAGGCAUAUGUGGUGUAAUACGUUUUGCAUUUAUACAGCUGGCAAACUUUGUAAGUAAGCUGCCAUAUCUUAAUGUUAGGGUGCAAUACAAUAUAGCACCAGUAACUUUCUUUUUUUUUUUUUUUUGGUUGCAGAAUAAUUAGAUGAGCUGUUGAUGCAUUUACUGUAUUUUUCGCUCCAUAAGAUGCACAUCACCAUAAGACGCACCUAGUUUUUAGAGGAGGAAACCCAGAAAAAAAAAUAUUCUGAACAAACUGUUCCAUAGUGUUUCUUACUAUGGGACAGUUUGUUCAGAAUAUUUUUUUUUUUUUCUCCCCUGUCCCAUAGUGCUCCUUACCACCCAUUCCCCUCUCCUGUCCCAUAAUGAUCUUUAACCCCCCUCCCCUGUCCCAUAGUUAUCUUUAAAUCCCCGUCCCCUGUCCCAUAGUUAUCUUUAAAUCCCCCUCCCCUGUCCCAUGGUGAUUUUUAACCCCCCUUUCCUCUGUCCCAUAGUGAUUGUUAACCCCUCCUCCACUGUCCCAUAGUGUUCUUUAACCCCUCCUCCCCUUGUCCAAUAGUGUUCUCAUCCCAUAGUGUCCCCACUCCCCUUGUCCCAUAGUGUCCCCACUCCCCUUGUCCCAUAGUGUCGUCCCCCCUCCCCUUGUCCCAUAGUGUCGUCCCCUUGUCCCAUAGUGUCCCCUCCCCUUGUCCCAUAGUGUCGUCCCCCCUAUCCUUGUCCCAUAAUUACUUACAUGUCUUGUAGCGUGGGCCGGCUUAACAGCUCGCACCACGGUACUGGAACUUAAAUUUCAGGUUCCGGUUUCCGGCGGGACCGAAAGGAAGUGUGCACACUGAGUGCGCACUUCCUUUCAGUCCCGCCGGAACCUGAAAUUGAAGUUCCUGUACCGCGAUGCGCGCUGUGCUGCUGGCCCACGCUACAAGAAAGGUAAGUAAAGCUUCACAUUCGCCCCAUAAGAAGCACAGACAUUUCCCCUCACUUUUGAGGGGAAAAAAGUGCGUCUUAUGGAGCGAAAAAUACGGUAAAUUUUUUUUUUGUGAAUCUUUAAUUCUAAAGAGAGAGCGUGUAUAAAAGCAUAAAAGAAAAACACAAAGCAGGUCUCCAAACAAAUGCAGAACAUACGAGACAUGUGAGUUUGAAAAUAAAUGCAUAAAGUAACAUACAGCGAGACACAAAGAUUUAAAAUGCAUAAAAUAACAUACUGCAAGAUUUGCAGAUCACAAAACAAAUACAUAAAAUAACAUAUAGUGAAUCACGCAGGUCACAAAAUAAAUGCAUAAAAUAACAUACAUCGAGACAUGCAGGUCAAAAAACAAAUGCAUAAAAUAACAUAUAGUAAAUCACGAAGGUCACGAAAUAAAUGUAUAAAAUAACAUACAGCAAGAUAUGCAGGUCUCUACGUUUAUGAGAUAAAGGGAACAGCAUAGAAAACUCAGUGCAAUUUUCAACAAUAUGUGGACAUUUUUAGACCCUUAUUGGUCGAUUAUAAUUUCAUCCAAGAAAAUGUAAACCGAAAAGAAAUGUUAAAAAAGGGGGAGGCGGGAGCAGGGUGCCAAUAUUAAUAAUUAAUGCUAUCAGAAAGUCUAGACUUUCCAGAAGACAGGAUUAAAAGCUAAGGUCUAUGUAGGAGCCUCUGAACGUUGUCUGUUUUGCUAGUGUUUAUUAAUUGUGCCCAAAUUGUUGUAUAUUUCUCAAUACGGCCUGAUAUGCUGAAAAUAAGCUCCUACAUUCUAGAAAACACAGUCUCAACGACGGUGUUUUAGAUUUACGCCAAUUAGUAACUCUUUAUGUCUGGAAUCGUGAGACACUUUUUUUUAAAAUCACAAUUAGAAAUUCAGACUAUUUUACACCCUGCGAUCCUGCUAAAUAUUGAAAACAUCACUGGAUUGAAAUCAGGCCAAAUCCAUAAAUUUCUAGCUAAGUGCGUUAAAAUAAACAUCGGAGGUUUUGCAGGCUAUUCAAUUUCAUCAUAGCCAGGUGCAAGAUAUUAGGGGAAUAAUUAAAGGACCACUAUAGGUACCCAGACCACUUCAGCUCAAUGAAGUGGUCUGGGUGCCAGGUCCAUCUAGGGUUAACACUGCAGCUGUAGAAACUGCUAUGUUUACUUUAGGGUUAAUCCAGCCUCUAGUUGCUGUCUCAUUGACAGUCGAUAGAGGCACUUCCACGCUUCUCAGAAGACGCUGCCGUCCAUAGGAAAGCAUUGAGAAAUGCUUUCCCAUGGACUGAUUGAAUGCGCGCACGGCUCUUGCCGCGCAUGCGUAUUUGGCGGAUGACGUCGGAAGAGGGAGAAGUCCCCAGCUCCGGCACUGAAGAAAGGUAAGAGUUUAACCCCUGUUGAGCCCGGCAGGAGGGGGCCCAUGAGGGUGGAGGGACACCUAUUAACACUAUAGUUCCAGGAAAACGAGUUUGUUUUCCUGGCACUAUAGUGGUCCUUUAAAGGAACACUAUAGGGUCAGGAACACAAACAUAUAUUCCCCACCCAGUAGUGUUAAUCCCACUAUUUAGGUGGCUUGCCCCCUCCCCCCACCAUAGCCCCUUUAAAAGCAUGAAAAACUCACAUUACUUCCAGUGACUGGCAGGUCUGCCGGUGCUGGCUCCGUCCCCCUUGGUGACAUCAGAAUUUCUGUUGUUUACUUAUUUGUGACAAGUGGAUAUAUAAUGGGCACUUUCAUAAAACAGUUGACAGCAAUUAUGGAAUUUGUCUCUGAUAGCUUACAUAAAAAAAAAAAAAAAAAAAAAACUCAAGAAAAUUGGUCUGGGGUUCAUGCACCGUUUCUUUUUUGCAGACAUUUGAGGGCCACGAUGCAUCUGUACUGAAAGUGAUAUUUGUGAGCCGCGGCACCCAGUUACUCACAAGGUAAUUAUCAAACCGUUUCCUAGAGCUCAUUAUUUGGUCUGUGUGGAUUUUGUGGUUAACAGUGUUUUUCUGCAGUGGCUCCGAUGGUCUGCUAAAACUCUGGACGAUAAAAACCAAUGAGUGCGUUAAGACUUUGGACGCACAUGAGGAUAAGGUAUGGGGCCUGCACAGCAACCGGCAAGAUGAUGCCAUAGUAACUGGGUCUGCAGACUCGGUUAUUAUGCUGUGGAAGGUGAGAACCGCUAAUUAAUCCAUCCCAAUGUCUGCUUUGCGCUCUGUUAUUGCGAUUUACUCAGCCGCAGAUCUAACGGUUGCUUACUUUGCAGGACGUCACAGAAAUCGAGCUGGCUGAGGAGCAGACCAAGCAGGAGGAAGAGAUUAUGAAGUAAGUAGAUCCUGUGUGCUUAAUAUACUUAUGUUGAUGGGAUUCUCAAAUUCUUGAGGGGAAAAAAACAAAGAAUUUUCUCAAAAAUCGAAAAAAACCGAAAAAUCUCCAUAUAGCCAGAAAUAAAUCAUAGAGACACAUAUAUUCAAUCAAAAAUGUUGAGAUAUUAAUGCUGGAGAGACAGAAUAUCCUAGAGUUCCGUUAGCUCUCUCAUGGGCUGAGAGUGGAAUUUUUGCUUAGGAACUUCCGACUCUGGUAUUUAUAGGGGAGGCAGGGAGCGGCUUCUGAAGGACCUCCAUUAAGUGAGACUGUUCAAAAGAUGGUUUGGCGAUUUACAAAUGGUGCACAGGGGCACUCUUGGCGUCAUAAGCACUAAGCUGCUGUAGUUAUUAUGGUGCUUGGCGGUACCAACAUACUCGGCAAUGUUGGAUAGUGGAUUGACAAGACACACAACACUAUUUGCACAGGUGCACCUUUUAGCCCUUUUACCAUUUUGUACACAGAGCAAUGUGUCUUCUCUGCUCUUGCUUUAAACUGAUUUGGUUUGUGGUCUCACAUUUAUGUUUGUUGUUUUUAGGGAGCAAGAGCUUUCAAACCUUCUACAUGAGAAGAGAUUUCUGAAAGCCCUGGGUCUUGCCAUCUCCUUAGAUAAACCGCACACAGUACUUACAGUCAUAAAAGGUGAGUGCUUACCAUUUCAUGCUUUCGUUUCAUUGUCUUCUCUAAUAGGCUUAAUUACUAAAGUGAGAAUUCGAAGUCCGUUUCUAUUUUAAGGUCAAAUAGACGAACUGGAAACAUUCUCAGCUAUGCUUUCAAUUUGGCUGCUCUGGCCUUCUUUCACUUUGGGUUGCCCAUUGCCCAUUGCCCAUUGCCCAAACACAAAAAAAGAGAGAAAAAAAUAAAAGACCCUUUAUUUUCUGUGUCUCAAAUAAAAACAUGCAUGCAUUUAAUUAUGCAUUUUUUCAUUGGGGGUAUAUAUAAAAACAGCUUGUAAAAGCUGCAGAUUCCUCCCAACCCCGCCCAGACUUUUUGUGACUGUCCAAUCACAGACUUCCCAAUGCAGCUCAUUGAGAAGUCUGUGCAAUUGCCGCCUCUUGAGUUUAGAUCCACUGAACUAAACAACCAGGAAGUUACAGGACCUGUUAGCUGAUUGACAGCCAAGGGGUGUAACAAGGUGUAUUUAUAAUAGUGUAAAUCUCUAUUGCAAUUUGCACUUUUUGUAAAAUAAAAAAAGAGGACUCUCUCUACACACACACAUCAUUUAAGCAAACUAAAGUGCUUUAUAAAGUCCCUUUAAGUAGUUAUCUGUUCAGAUUGUUUAUCCUCCAACCUUCUAUGCUUUGUGAACGACAUAUGUUCUCACAUUCAUUCAUAACAUAUGUCAUCGCUUCACUCUCUUCCAGCCUCCAUUUCUUCUUUGAGUUAUAAUGCUGGGUCUGACAAUGUGAUGGUAGAUUGCACUAAGGCAGUGCAAGAGAAAGAGAGCUGUGGCUCAUUACUGUUUAUUCUUAACAUUUUAUAGAAUUUUGUUUGAUACUUUUUAGAUUUUCCUCACUUGGGCAGGAGCAGAAUGGCCACUAAAUGCAUCUGUUUCUAAUUGUUCAAAUGAGACACUUUUGGCAUCCUACAUUAAAGGUUUAUUUUGUAAUCUAUGAAUGUAUGGUGGGAUAAUUUAAUAAAGUUGCAAAAUGUGGGCUGAAUUUCCCAAGUUGGAAAAACACCUCAGCUCUGGCCUUGAUUUCUCAUGUUGGCAUCUUCCCACAACUCAGCAUUCCGUUAAUAAACUCCCUGGUUUGGGAGGAAGCUGUGGCUGGAAUGCUGCAAGGUCAUUUCCCUGCACACUACUUAAAGUGACAUGACUGAGAUAUACUGUGUGCACAUAUUUUUUUCUUUUUCUUUUUUAAAGCUGUCUUACGUGAGCCACAAGGGAAAGACGACCUGGAGAAAACCGUUUUGAGAUUGCGCCAAGAUCAGAGAGGUAUGCAAUGUCCUUUACAUAACAGGAUGAACAGGUUAUACCUGCUGGGAGGUUACACAACUGCUUUAUACAUUGUGCAAAGUUCCAGUGACCCACUUUCUGUUUGUAGCACAGUACCCUCAGUUACUGAUCUAGCCUGGCCCUAAGCAAGGCUUCCACUUUUAUCGGUUAUGGUCUGUUUGUUUUUUGCAUUUAUUGUCCAACUGGCCUCCCACUGAGCGGCUCUGACCAAACAUAAAAAUCGUUGCAGGCUUGUAAAUCCAGAUGUAGAAAUCACAUUCCAAGAUAUGUACAAAGAUGUAUAUACAUAAUGUUGGAAUUCCAUGUCACUGGUAAUGGUAAAUUAAUAGCAGGGAUAGAAAGGCACACCCAAAAAAAUUUAUUGAAAAAAUAUUUCUUUAUGGGCAUAGAAAAUACCUCCUGGCAUACAUUGAUAAGAGCACUUAAUAACAUUAAUUAUAUCGUUUUAAUGGCCCCUGUCAGUGGGUGGGAUAUAUUAGGCAACCACCGAAGAAACCGUUCUUGAUCUGAGUGAGUGACUUUGACAAGGGCCAAAUAGUGAUGGCUAGAUGACUGGGAAUCUGAGAAUCUCCAAAAUGGCAAGUCUUGUGCAAUGGUUCUAGUAUGCAGUGAUGUGUACCUACUGAAAAUGGUACAAGGAAUAACUGGUGAGCUGGCGUCUGGAUCAUGGUUGCCCAAGGCUCAUUGAUGCAAGUGGGGAACGAAGGCUAGCCUGUCUAGUCCGAUCACACAGAAGAGGUGCUGUAGCUCAAAUUGUUGAAAACCUUAAUGCUGGCCUCAGUGCACUGCAGUUUGCCGAGUAUGGGGCUGCAUAGCCACAAACUGGUCAGAGUGCCUUUAAUGGGGGCAUGAGCAUCAGAACUGGACCAUGGAGAAAUGGAAUAAGGUUUCUGCUAAUGUAUUGGUGCCAGAUACCAUAGGACACAUUCACAGGUCUUGUGGAGUCUAUGCCUCGACGCAUCAGCGCUGGUUUGGCAGCACGAGGGGGUCUACACAAUAUCAGGCUGGAGGUUUUAAGAUUGUGGCUGAUCAGUGUUUAUACUGUAAACUUAUUUAUGCUCUAGAUUUUAAAUUGUGAAAUAAGUGUUAAUCGUUCUAUAUGUUUUCUGUAUAUUCUUGUCCUAUCUGCACACGUACAUUUGACUCCUCCCCCACCCUUUUGGCAGAGUCCAUUCUCAAGUACUGCUGCGUGUGGAACACAAACUCCCGCAACUGUCAUGAGGCUCAGUCGGUGCUGAAUGUCCUUCUGACCCAUGAGUCACCGGAUGUACUCCUGCAGUACAGCGGCAUUCGAGGCAACGUUGAAUCCCUCAUACCCUACACUGGUGAGUUGAACAGCACUGGUCAGUGGGAAAGGCUGACCCGUGUAAUAAAGAUGAAAAUAUAAGGUUUAGGGAUCUGGAGAGAGAGAGUGUGUGUGUUUGUUUUUUUUUUUCUUCUUUUUUUCAUUCUUAGUUGUAUGAGUUCCAGGUAUUGAGGACUGUGAUGUAUUGCUCAUAACUGUAGAACACGCUCUCUACUCUCAAAUGUCAGAUUUGAAUAUAAAUAUGUACUGCCUUACCCCUUUGUUUACAGAUUUGCGGAGUUAUUUACUAAACUGAGAAUACAAAAGUCCAGAGUAGCCAAACUGAGAAACAGAUGUCUUGGAGAAUUUUUCCAGUUUGGCUAUUUUGACCUUAAAUUUACUUCGAAUUCUCACUGUUUACAGAUUUGCAGAGUUAUUUACUAAACUGAUAAUACAAAAGUCCAGAGUAGCCAAACUGAGAAACAGAUGUCUUGGAGAAUUUUUCCAGUUUGGCUAUUUUGACCUUAAAUUUACUUCGAAUUCUCACUGUAGUGAAUAACUCUUAAUUUGUUCCUUCCUAUAAAGCAUGGUAGCAGAAGCCAUAUUAGAGAUGACUGUUCUAUAAGUUCUGGCUUCAAUCCCCCCAAAAUUCCAUUCUCAGAAUUUGCUGCAAAUCCGCCUGCUGUAGAACACUCAGAAAUGGCUGAGCUCAAGCUUUUAAAAAGCAGGAGCAUUGCUCAAACCUGUGCUGUUUCUCCUACGUAAACAACUAUACUGACCUAAUCUUCUUUAUUGCUCAGAGCGACACCUGCAGCGAAUGGGACGGUUACUGCAAUCCUCCAUGUUUGUGGAUUUCAUGUGGCAACACAUGAGACUGAAAGACUUACCAGAGCACGAAGAAAAGAGUCCAGUAUCAUUUCCUACAAGUGCUGAUCAAACUGCGGCAAAGCAAGUGAACACCACAACAUAAGGGCUUGAGGCUCACAACAUACUCUAUUGACCAGACAUAUCCUGGAGAGGAAGCCAUUCUCUGCGCAACCCAACUGCAUAUAUGGAUCAAAUGCUGAUUUGUAUGGACAGCUCGUUCAUUAUGUACGUGAUCCACUGGCUACCUGUACACACUGACCACCAGGACUACUGUGCUUUGUCCUUUUACUGAAUAUUGUGUCGAGAUAUCCGGAUAUAUACUUUUGGUUUUAAAAACUAAUUUUAUCUAACAAAGGAUGGUAAUAAUAACUUGGGGGCCUUUCACCAGCAAUAGCAAAUAAAUGACGUCCAGCCUGUGUUAAAGUCUUGCACUAUGGCGGAUUAAAAGGCUCGCCAUCUCAAGUUUUGCUCUGUAUUUCCUACAAUGAGUGGCUGUAAAAGUUCACCUUCUUAAUGGUGCCUUUAAAAUUAUUUUAUGAAGUGUCGUUGUACUUGGCGUGACAUCAAUUCUAAGAGCCAGUUUCAAUUUUUUUUUAUAUAUAAUAUUUUAUCGAUGGGAGCCAUAUUUACUUUAAGAGCCCCGUCCUCUAUUUUUCCAUCAGGAACAUUCCACUUACAGAUUCAGACAGGUGACCCACUGAUAAAUUCUAGGAAUGGUUGCACCUAUGGUGAGAGAGAUUUCUCAAGGUUUUGUGAUCUGGAAAGCAAUGCAGGUUUGUAAAAGUGUUGCAGUUACCACAAAGAAACAAUGGGAUUUGUGAUUACUCCAGUUUUACAGCUUUGCACUUUUUUAGUAAAAUAGGGAAGAGCACUCUAAAGAGCGCUUUAUUCAAAGGGUGCAAGGACUCCAGCCGCUGCUAGACCAGUAGUAAAUCCAAUAAAAAGGAAUGAUCCCACCACUCCUUAUAAAUCAGACAUAUGCUUUGCUGUAUAUGAUUUGCAAAUAAAGGGAUAUUGAUUUAUAAGGAGUGCUGGACAUCGGUUCGUUCACUAUGACUGAAACGCUUUUGGUUGGUUUUGGGAACCUUAGAUUCUGUUUCCUACAUCCAAGCUCACCAUUCCAUCCUACAUCCAAGCUCACCAUUCCAUCCUACAUCCAAGCUCACCAUUUCAUAUCCGUGGGACAUGUUCAUUACAAUAAUAAAAAAACCAAAAGAAAAAACUGUUAAAUGUCUGGCUUGAUACUGAACUGGUAUCUGUUGUAUAGAUUUCACCCCCACAAAAUUAAACUUGUUUGUUUUUAUGUUCUAUGGCUUUGGUAAUCCUGUUUUCUUGUAUCCAAGGAGAACCGCAAUUACAUGUCCCCAACUAGCCCGCAAGCCUAGAGCCAAACUAUAAUACUUUUUUCAUCUGUGCAAUUAUAUCCAUUAAUGCUGCUGUUUCAUGCCAAGGGUCAUCAUGAUGGAGGAUGAGUUGGCAGAUUUUUUUUUUUUUUUCCUUUAUUUUUGCUGUGCAGGUGGGUACAAGGAAUCAACAGACGCCACAGCAGCGUAUGUACAAUUGUUAAACAGUGGCAUGAGAGUCUGCACAAUUUUAUAUUUUUAGCAAGCUUGGCUAAACAUUUAAAUCGUUAGCGUGAAGUUAAAUAAAAUACAGCGAGAUAGUUGAUGCUUAACCUGUCUAAAUCGGCAUUUGUGCUAGGCAUAUAUGUGAGAAACAAAACAGUGAGCAUAUUUUUGCCAUUAAAACAGAAGCUAAGGUUAUCAUCAAGAACAGAUUUCUUUAAGCUUAAUUAAGUUUAACCACCAGGGGGCAGCAGAGCGUCGGACACACAUGCAGGCUCAGACAUUUGGAUUACUUUCUAACUGCAGGAAGAGAGUCCGAUGCAAAAGACGCACGUUAAAAUUGUGGAUGAGGUGCUGGAUUAAGAGGUACACCAUAGUCUGUUAUCUCUGUAGGCAUAUGUGGUUGGAAGCCGCUUGAUCCCUCUUGCAGCUGUGCUAGAUCUGUGCUUGUAGCUGGAUGUUUUAGUGUGCGGGGGGCUUGACAGUUAGCAGUGGAGUGAAGCUUGUCCCCCAUUUUCGUAGAUCCCUUGUACUCAGGCAGAGUCAGAGUCCAGAGAGAGUCCCCUUAUAUCCACUGGUAUUAAUGGGAGGUGAUGCCACUGUUGGUGUGAGGGUUAUUAUGCUGAGCUGGGCUUGCUUGUGGAGUAUACCCCUCAUGCUGGUAUCCUGUGGGUGGAAGGAGCACUCAUUCUGUCUGCCGUUGCUUAGGUACUUCCCCCUCACUUCGUCUCACAAUGAGCGCGGCAGCCAUAUUGGAUUUUUCCAUGCGGUCCCCAGUCAGUCAUCCUGCAGCCUGUGUGCCCUGAACGAGCGCUGCGUCCCCGGUGGGGUCUGGGAUAACCCCCCCGGCCCACGGGGGGGGAGGGUAACGGGGCCCUUAGCAGGCGGCGGGAGGUCCCGCCGGACCAAGCACAGAUCAUCGGCCGCUUCUCCCGCCAGGGCCUCACAGCAGGCCGCAAUCCCACUUGCCCACCAGACCGCAUCGCCAGCGGAGUGGGGGCUGGUACUUGCCCCGAAGGUUGGUGGUCGGGUCCCCUUUGCCCUCUCACAGCAGCUGAGGGUUUUCCAGGCGAGUAGGGGCAUUUUGAAGCUGGUUAUUGCGGGUUUGUCAGGGAGCCGAGGCACCCCACGUCCACCCAGCUCGGCGGCCAGGCCCCGCCCCCCGGCAGAUACUUUUUGAUUUAAUGGACAUUUUGUUUUUUCUUCCUGAUGGGGACUAUAUAGGGACCAUACACUGCAAUCUUCAAUUCCACUAUCAAGGCAAAUCCUCAGGGUCUGCCUAAUAGUGAAUUGUUUCCCACCAACAUGUAAAUAUUAUGCACUACAAGACAGCACUUUUCAUGUGCUGUCCAUCAGAGUGUAUAGGUUAUAUUAUUCUAGCAAAUCAGACAUUCUUAUAGCUCCAAGUAAGAGGCUGUUAUCAAAUGCCUGAGACUGAUGUGUUCUGCAAUGUCCAUUAUCUAGCUCAAUGUCGUUUGCUUGUGAUGCAUUGUGAAAUCACUAGUCUUGUAAAGCACUCUGCUAAAGAAAUUUAAAAUAAACAACUUCACCAUUGAUUUAAGUCUUGCUUUAGCCAAGCUCAUUAUUGUGUGCUGGGUUACAUUGUAGCAAAUGUCCAAAAGAAAACAAAACCUGAAUAGUAUAUAGCUAUUUGAGACUGAAUUUGUUUUUGUGGCAGUUGAUGCAGUAAGC